AUUAAUAAUUUACUUUAAGGUAAAUUCAAAGUAUAAAAGCUUGCAUGUUUUUCGAUUCAAAUUAAACCUUUUAAACACUCCAGUGGUAAAUGAACUUCAAUAGUCAUUGAACUAAACAAUGAAAAAGCUCAUUGUAAUUAUAUUUGCUUUGGUGAUAAUUCAGACAAGUGAUGCAGAUUCGGAAUUUGAUUGUAUAAAAACCGAAAACAUAACCCAACAAGAAUAUUCAGACAUGGUUCAAAAUAAGGCAAGAUUACCUGAUAUCGAAAAUCAAACAAAUGAAAGAUUUAAAUGUUAUACUGCUUGCUUUUUGGAGGCAAUGAAUAUCAUGGACGGGUGCUCGUAUCAAUUAGAAGCAGGCAAACGGUAUGCGGUGAGAAAUAAUAUAGACAGAUUAUUGGUGCCUUUGGAUUUGUGUAAGGACAGUUCGAAGGGAAAUGAACGUUGUAAUUGCGGCUAUAAUGUUUUUAAAUGUUUAAUGGAUAACUUUGAUUGAAUAAAACGAUUAAA